UGAGCAGCAGUCGAGUGCAGAGCUCGCCUGCCAGCCAGCCAGCCAGCCAGCCAGCCUGCUGCCAGCGUGCCUGCAACCUGCAACCUGCAGCCCGCUGCCUGCCUCGGGCUCGAGAAGAGCAUCAUUCGCGGCCACAAGCUGGACGACGUGCGCGCGGAGCCUGCACCUCUUCGUCCCGGAAGCCUCGUCCACCGUCUGCCCGUCGUCGCCGGCGUCCGCGGGUGAGCCAGCCCGAGCGGCGGCGGAGCGGCGGCGGAGCGGGGCGGGGGGGUCCAGCGCGAGGACCGACCGCUAUGGACCCCCAAGCGGCGACGCAGGCUCCGGCGGCGCUCGGAGCCGACGGCGGCGGCGAGUCGGAGUCCGGCGCCGGUUCGGAGGACACCUCGGCGGGAUGCUGCAGCGACACGUUCAGCAGCCUGCCCGACAUCGAGCAGGAGAGCCUGGAGGACAAGCUGAGGGGGCUGGCGUUCCGGAAACAGACGUCCUAUCGGAAAGCCAUCUCACGGUCGGGCCUGCAACACCUGGGGCCGCUGCAGGUAGCCCCGCCUCCCGCCUCCAACGGCCCCGGCAAGGAGCUUCGCACCCGCAUGGACUGGACGGAGAACGCCGUCAACGGCGACCACCUGUGGAUGGAGACCAGCUGCUCGGGCGAACUCUGCUACCUCGGGGAGGACGCCUGCCUGCUCAAGGCUGCGAAGUCUGCGCCCAGGAGGAAGUGCGCCGCCUGCAAGAUCGUCGUCCACACCAGCUGCACCGAGCAGCUGGAGAAGAUCAACUUCAGGUGCAAGCCGACUUUCAGGGAAGGAGGCUCGCGGUGCCCGCGAGAUGUAAGUCUCCCGACGGGAGGUCCGAGCGGGGCCAGGUGUAAGGCGGCGCCGUCUGCUCUCUGCCGGCAGAACGUGCUGAGGCACCACUGGGUGCACCGCCGGCGCCAGGACGGCAAGUGCAAGCAGUGCGGGAAGAGCUUUCAGCAGAAGUUCUUCCACAGUAAAGAAAUCAUCGCCAUCAGCUGUUCGUGGUGCAAGCAGGCUUUCCACAACAAGGUCACGUGCUUCAUGCUGCACCAGAUCGAGGAACCGUGCUCGCUGGGCGCCCACGCCGCCGUCAUCGUGCCUCCGUCCUGGAUCAUCAGAGUCAGGAAACCGCAGAGCUUGCUCAAGAACUCGGCCAGGAGGAAAAAGCGCACGUCUUUCAAGCGCAGGACCAGCAAGAAGGGGCCGGACGAGUCCAAAUGGCGGCCGUUCAUGCUGAAGCCGCUGCCCUCGCCGCUCAUGAAGCCCAUCCUGGUCUUCGUCAACCCCAAGAGCGGAGGCAACCAGGGCGCCAAGCUGCUCCAGAUGUUCAUGUGGAUCCUGAACCCGCGGCAAGUCUUUGACCUGUCGCAGGGCGGCCUUCGGGAGGCGUUGGAUUUGUAUCGCAAAGUGCCAAACUUGAGGAUCCUGGCCUGCGGUGGAGACGGCACGGUGGGCUGGAUCCUGUCCACGCUGGACGAGCUACAGAUGAACCCGCAGCCUCCGGUGGCCGUCCUUCCUCUGGGAACAGGAAACGACCUCGCCAGGACGCUCAACUGGGGCGGGGGCUACACGGACGAGCCCGUGUCCAAGGUUCUGGGCCAGGUGGAGGACGGCUCGGUGGUGCAGCUGGACAGGUGGAACCUGCAGGUAGAGCAGAGCCACGGCGCCGAGCGGCAGCUCCAAGACGGCACGCACAAGCUGCCCCUCGACGUCUUCAACAACUACUUCAGCCUGGGCUUCGACGCUCACGUCACGCUGGAGUUCCACGAGUCCAGAGAGGCCAACCCCGAAAAGUUUAACAGUCGCUUCCGCAACAAAAUGUUCUACGCGGGGGCCGCCUUCUCCGAUUUCCUCCAGAGAAGCUCGAGGGACUUGUCCAAGCACGUCCGAGUGGUGUGCGACGGGACCGACUUGACUCCCAAGAUCCAAGAUUUGAAAUUCCAGUGCAUCGUCUUUCUAAACAUUCCCAGGUACUGCGCGGGCACCAUGCCCUGGGGGAACACCGGCGACCACCGCGACUUUGAGCCGCAGCGUCACGACGACGGCUGCAUCGAGGUCAUCGGCUUCACCGUGGCCUCGCUGGCGGCGCUGCAGGUGGGCGGUCACGGCGAGAGGCUCCACCAGUGCCGCGAGGUGGUCCUCACCACCUUCAAGACCGUGCCGGUGCAGGUGGACGGCGAGCCGUGCCGACUGGCGCCGUCCACGCUGCGCAUCUCGCUGCGCAACCAGGCCAACAUGGUCCAGAAGAGCAAGAGACGCACCUCGGUGCCGCUGCUCAACGAUAUUCAGAAGGUGUGUGCAGGUGAUCUGCGCCGCCUCUCUGCUCCCCCCGACUCCUUCUCUGUCCCUCACGCCGUCCCCGAGCGGCUUCGGCUGCGGGUCAACCGGAUCGGCCUGCACGAGUACGACCGCUUGCAGUACGACAAAGAGCGGCUGCGGGACAUCUCGGUUCCGGUGGGCAUCGUGGUGGUGAGGGGCGACUGCGACUUGGAAACGUGCAGACUCUACAUCGACAGACUGCGAGAGGACUUGCAGCAGGCGCCCUCUCUUGGCCACAGAGUGCAUUACCAGGAUGAGAGCCGGGGGAUGCCUCGGACCACCUCGGCUGGCAGACUCUCUUCCAGCUGGAGCUUCUUGGAUUCCACAUCGGCCGAUCGCUUCUAUCGCAUCGACAAGGCCCAGGAGCACCUUCACUUUGUCACGGAAAUCUGCCAGGACGAGGUGUUCAUCCUGGACCGCGAGGGCCCGGCGGGGGGCCGGGUGUCAUCGGCCGGGAUGCCCGACCUGGUGGCGGAGCCCAGCGCCGGCGCGCCGUUGACUCCCGAGGAACAAGCGCUGUUGACGGCGGCGAGCGCCGGGGAUCUCUCCACGUUGUCGGAGUGCGUGCGUCACGGCGUCAGCCUGCUGGUGCGAGACGCCGCCGGUUGCUCGGCCCUGCAUAAAGCCGCGCGGAAAGGACACGCCCAGCUGGUGGUCUUCAUCCUGCAGCAGGGAUCCAAAGUGCUUCUCGACUUGCCCGACGGAGAAAAAGGGGACACCGCCUUGCACAAAGCCGCUUGGGAGAAGCAGCACGCCGUGUGUCGGCUGUUGGUGGAGGCGGGCGCGUCGCUUCACAAAACCAACUUUCAGGGGAAGACCCCGGUGGAGCAGGCGGCGGGCGACCUGGAGCUGACCUCCUACCUGAGCAGCCACAAAACACCUUCGGCCCCCCACGAGGACUUGGAGACGGCAGUCUGACGCAAACACCCACGCGCUUUUCACGCUCGGGCGCAGGUUCCGCGUCAGCGGGCGCUUUCCGGCCCGCCCGGCUAUUUAUUUUCUAUUUAUUUAUUGAUCGAGAGAGAGAUUUAUUGCGAGCGCGCUUUGGAGAGCGGCCGACGUGCUGAAGUGUUUCCACCCGUGCGAGCCUUUGCGCCAAAGACGCGAUGAUGCACGUGUCCCACCCGAGUGGCUCACGGGAACAAGUAUUCUUUCGCCGCUCCAAAAGCUACGACUAACAACGGAGCGGAGGCCGAGAUGCAAAAUGCCAAACGAGUGACAUUCGCAAAUAUCAAAAUAUCAAUAAAAUCUUCUUUGAAAUGUGUUUGGAGCCCUUUGCUACUCUGAUGUCAGUGCCAAGUGUCCAAAUGGCACAGCUCAAUCAGAACUGCGUCUUUAGACCGCUUUUACAUUUUUCACUUGACUUCCGCUCCAUACAUUGCAUCCCAAGUUUGUGAAAAGGAUAUUUAAGGUGAAGCCAUCAUAUCCAAUCAACUUUGCAGCUGCCGUCCAACUAAUUCUGAGCCAUGUAAAAUGAGCAGAUGGCAUGUCGCUGCAUUUGUCCGCUAAUCGUUUACAUUACAUGAGUGUUUUUAGUCUUGCACUGAGGGAGGUACAGUGCCGUGCCGUACUUGAGCGCCGCUUGGCUUGGGGAUUGUCUUCUCCUUUUCGGACUCGAGCCUUUUUUCUCAUCAAUACAUCAGAGAAGAACUUUGCCACGGUAGAGAUGACUCGCAUGUAACCCUUUUGCAAUUUUUCCACUCAGUUGUGAAUUGAACCCCAGUGAGUUAUUUGCUCAAUUUGAUGGAAAUAGAUUGAAAAACCAAACAAAAAGUGCCACACGUGCAUCUCAAGGCGAAUGUACGGCGAUAACUUGAACCGCAAAGUCGGACGAGUUGACUCGUUUUAAGCAGGACUGGGAUGGAAUGACAAUGAAAAUAGUUUGGAUGGGGUGAACUGAAUGAAAAGCUUGUUGUACAGUUUUGUGUUGAAAGACCGAUUGUUUAUUUUGGGCGCAUCUUUGCUCCAAGAAAGAUAUUGGAUUUUGAUUUGCUCGACUGAUAUGCACACGACGAUGGCUGCUUGUGGGCGGGCGGGCGGGCGGGGCCUGCCUCUUCUAAUCCACACAUUUAAUCGAAACUUUGUAUUCCAUUUAUUCUCACUAGCGUUGGUUCUGCAUGGCAUUUUCUGACC